AUGUCUAAUCGCCUAGCUCACUCUUUUGAUAAAUCGAAAUUAGAAGCUGUUUGCUUAAGGAGAUUCUUCUUCGCUCCUGCUUUUGAAAUUUAUGGUGGUUGCGCAGGUCUAUACGACUACGGUCCACCUGGAUCUGCACUUCAAGCCAACAUACUCGAUGCCUGGCGUAAACAUUUCAUCAUUGAAGAAGAAAUGCUCGAAGUUGAUACAACGGCUGUUACUUUGGGUGAAGUUUUAAAGACUUCUGGACACGUCGAUAAAUUCACAGAUUGGAUGUGUAGAGAUACAAAGACUGGUGAUAUCUUUAGAGCUGAUCACCUCGUUGAAGCUGUCCUUGAAGCUCGUCUUAAAGGUGACAAAGAAGCUCGUGGUGAGCAACAAAUAGAACAACCAAAGGAGGAUGAGAAAAAGAAGAAGAAAAAGGUAAAAUCUUCAGCUGUCAAACUAGAUGACGCUGUUGUACAACAAUAUGAGACAAUUCUCGCUCAAAUUGAUAACUUCGAUGGUGAAGAAUUAGCAGAUUUAAUUGAAAAACAUUCAAUCAAAUCCCCUGAAUCUCAAAAUGACUUAACAAAGCCUGUGGAAUUCAACUUGAUGUUCGAAUCUUCUAUCGGUCCAACUGGUCAAGUUAAGGGCUACUUACGUCCAGAAACUGCUCAAGGUCACUUUGUAAACUUUGGAAGGUUGUUGGAAUUUAACAAUGGCAGAGUUCCAUUCGCAUCUGCUCAAAUUGGUAAAUCAUUCCGUAACGAAAUUUCACCAAAGCAGGGUUUGCUCAGAGUGAGAGAGUUUUUGAUGGCUGAAAUUGAACACUACGUCGAUCCUCUGAAAAAGAAUCACCCAAGAUUCAACGAAGUUGAGAACGUUCAACUGCAAAUUCUCCCAAAUGAGGUCCAAGUCGAGGGUAAGACUGAUUUGACCAAGAUUACAGUCGGUGAAGCUGUAAAGAAGGGUAUCAUUGACAAUGAGACACUUGGUUACUUCGUAGCCAGAAUCAACCUCUUCUUAGAAAAGAUCGGUAUUAACAAGGACAGACUGAGAUUCAGACAACACAUGUCCAACGAGAUGGCUCACUACGCAUCAGACUGUUGGGAUGCAGAAAUUCACACUAGUUACGGAUGGAUUGAGUGUGUUGGUUGCGCCGACAGAUCAGCAUACGACUUGACAGUGCACGCCGUACGUACCGGCCAGCCAUUAGUUGUGCGUGAGCCACUCCCAGAAAUUAAGAUAGAAGAAAAGUGGGCACCAGAGAUCAACAAGAAGAAAUUUGGUCCAACUUUCAGAGCCAAUCAAAAGAUAGUUGAGAGUACCAUCUUUGCACUCGAUCAACCACGUUUGGAAUGUAUCAAGAAGGACUUUGAUUCUCAAGGAAAAUCUGACAUCCAAGCUGCUGAUGGAAACAAAUACGAUUUGACACCAGAGUUACUCACCAUCGAAAAGAAGACUUUCAAGGAAACUAAGCGUGAAUUUACGCCAAAUGUUAUCGAGCCAUCCUUCGGUAUUGGUAGAAUACUUUACGCCUUACUCGAGCACUCUUUCUACGCACGUGAGCAAGAUGAAGGCAGAACAGUACUCGGAUUCCCACCAUUAGUCGCCCCAAUCAAGGCUCUCGUCGUACCAAUCUCCAACUCGAAAGAAUUUGAGCCAAUAAUUAAAGACAUUUCUUUAAGACUUCGCAAGAACGGCGUUGCUUCAAGAGUCGACGACUCGUCUGCAACUAUUGGUAAGAGAUACGCUAGAAACGAUGAGCUCGGUACACCAUACGGUAUCACGGUAGACUUUGCAACAGUCAAGAAGAACACUAUCACCCUGCGUGAGCGUGACACAACCGAGCAAAAAAUCGGUACUGUUGAGCAAGUCGUAGACGCCAUCGUUAAACUCAGUAAAGGUGAAAUUGAAUGGCCUCAGGUUGAUUUGCCUGCAUAUUCAGGUGUUCAGGAUGCCGACUAA